AUUUUUCAGGGUUCAAAGUCAUGGGGUCGAUGUGUAACGAAGAAAAAGAUGUGGUAUCGAUCGAAGAAAGCAACACUUUCCUUACAGAAACAGGAGUAACUGAUAAAGGAUUACACAAACGUGAGAAAUGGUCAACAAGAGUUGAUUUUCUUCUGGCAUGUGUUGGCUUCUCUGUCGGAUUCGGAAAUGUCUGGAGGUUUCCAUACCUUUGUUACAAGAACGGUGGAGGAGCGUUCCUCAUCCCUUACAUAACAUGUGUGGUGGUGGCCGGAGUACCCCUCUUCUUCCUGGAAGUAGCCAUUGGUCAGUUCAUGGGGGUCAGCGGUUUCAAAGCAUGGAAUAUCUGUCCAUUAUUCCAAGGAAUUGGCGGUGUAACGACCACGGUUGUGUUUUACCUCAACUGUUACUACAACGUGAUCAUAUGUUGGGCACUUUACUACGUGUUCUCCUCCUUCACCUCCGAGCUUCCCUGGAAGUCUUGUGGCCAUGAAUGGAACACAGAACACUGUUAUGACUUUACUGGCGCCAAUAAAACGGUGGUCAAUAUGACAGAGGCUGAUACCAACCUCAUCGUUAACAACACCUGGUCGAAUUCUACCUACAAUGCCACCAAACAUGUUGCAUUGAUUAGAAUCGAUCCCGUCAAUGAGUUUUGGGAGAGAAAAGUGUUAGGUAUAUCAGAUGGGAUUGAGAACACGGGAACCAUAAAGUGGGACCUUGCCCUGUGUCUCCUAUUAGCCUGGGUCAUCGUGUAUGUGUGCAUCUGUAAAGGAAUCCGAUCUUCCGGUAAGGUGAUGUACGUCACUGCGACUGCCCCAUACUUUUUCAUGAUAGCACUUCUCAUACGUAACUCCAUACUGGACGGUGCUAUAGAUGGGGUGAUCUAUUAUCUAAAACCAGAUUUAGCCAAACUUUUGGAUAUUGGGGUUUGGGUUGAUGCCUCGACACAAAUUAUGUGGUCCUAUUCCAUAGGAAUCGGAGCUCUGACAGCUCUCGGCAGCUACAACAAAUUCCACCAUAAUUCUUACAGAGAUGUGACAAUAUUCGCCCUUAUUAACUCUGGCACAAGUAUAUUUGCGGGAUUCCUGAUAUUUACAAUUCUGGGUCACAUGGCGUUCCUCCAGGACACGACGGUGGAUAAAGUAGCGUCGUCAGGUCCCGGUUUGGCUUUCAUUGCUUACCCUAAGGCAGUAUCCCUGAUGCCCGGAGCCCCGGUUUGGUCAGCCCUUUUCUUUAUCAUGUUGAUAUUCCUAGGAAUUGACAGCCAGUUUGUACAAAUGGAAGGGUUCAUUACAGCUGUUGUUGAUCAGUAUGCUCAUGUCCUUCGACGUGGAUACAGGAAAGAGUUAUUCAUAGCUCUCGUGUGUUUUGUAUCGUUUCUCAUAGGACUCAGUAUGGUGUCACAGGGUGGAAUGUAUGUAUUUCAAAUAUUUGAUUAUUAUUCUGGAAAUCGUGUGAUUCUUCUCAUCGCCUUCUCCGAAUGUGUAGCAAUAUCUUGGAUCUACGGUAUUAACCGGUUCUAUGAUAACGUCGAGAUGAUGUUAGGAUGGCGUAUCAAUCGAUAUAUGUGGGUAGCUUGGACAGUGCUGUCGCCGACGUUUUGUGCGGUGUUUUUCCUAAUUGGCACGGUGACGUAUUCAGAACUUGAUUACAAGAGGCCAUUGACCACAUAUCACUAUCCUGACUGGGCUGUUGCUAUCGGCUGGAUCAUGGCGUUGUCGUCUACCGUCUGGGUUCCAACACUCAUCAUUCACAAAUUCGUCAAAUAUGGAUUUUCGAUAAAGACGUUUAAGCUUAUGCUUGUCCCACUCGGUCUAAAGGAACAUCAGCUGAGACCUGAGGACAAAGGAGAAAAAUCGCUCAAAGAUUUACAAAAUGGUGUGAAAUACUGAAUAUCUACACCACCGAACUUACAUCCAACUUUACAUAAAAAUUAUAAGGAAAAUGUAUUUCUCUGGAACUACCGCAUCGAGGUUCAGGAUUCCUAACGUAAACGUUUUCAGAAUAGAAAUGUUCAUUUAUUCUCUCUUUGUCUUUGAACAAUCAAUCUUGUUUAAUUCUAUAUAUAUGAAACGUAAUCCUUACGAUAUUAUCUCACGCUUGAAUCAUCGAAAUAUAUGUUAACAAUUGGUUUAUUCUGAAGUUGAUCUUAAUGAUACAAACUUGCUUAUCUAAUAUGUUAUUAGCUUCGUUCCAUACGUUACAUAGUCCUCUGAUGUAUGAGGACAUCCUAUAACUGAUUUGAAACACUAUUUGUUAUUUAUAACGGUUUGGAAAGUUUAUCAAAAUCAAAGUCAAGUACAUCUGCUCUGAUAUAGACUGUAUAUAUGCAAGUUCUUGUAUACCCUGUAAUCGAAAUUUAUCAGAU